ACUUCUCGCGAGAAGUGAACACGCCUGGCCGGACGGGAGGAAAGUAUCUGCUCCGCUGAGGGGGGAAAGGAGGAGCAGGAGACAGAUUGUGGGACCGAGCGCGGGCGGGCGGGAGGCGCCGGAGCUACCAGCGGCUCUGCUCUGCUUUAUGAAAUAUGGGAGACGACAGACCGUUUGUGUGCAGUGCCCCGGGCUGUGGACAGAGAUUUACAAAUGAGGACCACCUGGCAGUUCAUAAACAUAAGCAUGAGAUGACACUGAAAUUUGGCCCAGCCCGAACGGACUCAGUCAUCAUUGCAGAUCAAACGCCUACUCCAACAAGAUUCCUGAAGAAUUGUGAGGAAGUGGGGCUCUUCAAUGAACUAGCUAGUUCCUUUGAACAUGAAUUUAAGAAAGCUUCCGAUGACGAUGAGAAAAAGGGUGCUGCUGGGCCCCUUGACAUGUCUCUGCCUUCUACACCAGACAUCAAAAUCAAGGAAGAAGAGCCAGUGGAAGUAGACUCAUCACCCCCUGACAGUCCUGCUUCUAGCCCCUGUUCCCCGCCACUGAAGGAGAAGGAAGUUGCCACUAAACCUGUUGUGAUCUCUACCCCUACACCCACCAUUGUACGUCCUGGCUCCCUGCCUCUCCACUUAGGUUAUGAUCCACUUCAUCCAACUCUUCCUUCCCCAACCUCCGUCAUCACACAGGCUCCACCAUCCAACAGACAAAUAGGAUCUCCUACUGGCUCCCUCCCUCUCGUUAUGCAUCUUGCUAAUGGACAGACCAUGCCUAUGUUGCCAGGGCCUCCAGUACAGAUGCCUUCUGUUAUUUCGCUGGCCAGACCUGUGUCCAUGGUGCCCAAUAUUCCUGGUAUACCUGGCCCACCAGUUAACAGUAGUGGCUCCAUUUCGCCCUCUGGCCACCCUAUGCCGUCAGAAGCCAAAAUGAGACUAAAAGCCACGCUGACUCACCAAGUUUCUUCAAUCAAUGGAGGUUGUGGAAUGGUAGUGGGAACUGCAAGCACCAUGGUGACAGCCCGUCCAGAGCAGAACCAGAUCCUCAUCCAGCACCCGGAUGCCCCAUCCCCUGCCCAGCCACAGGUCUCUCCAGCUCAGCCCACCCCUAGCACUGGGGGACGGCGACGGCGCACAGUAGAUGAAGAUCCAGACGAGCGGAGGCAGCGGUUUUUAGAGCGGAACAGAGCUGCAGCCUCCCGAUGCCGCCAAAAGCGAAAGCUAUGGGUGUCCUCCCUGGAAAAGAAGGCAGAAGAACUUACUUCUCAGAACAUUCAGCUGAGUAAUGAAGUCACGUUACUACGCAAUGAGGUGGCUCAAUUGAAACAGCUCCUGUUAGCUCAUAAAGACUGCCCAGUCACUGUACUACAGAAAAAGACUCAAGGCUACCUAGAAAGUCCCAAGGAAAGCUCAGAGCCAACCGGUUCUCCAGCCCCAGUGAUUCAGCACAGUUCUGCAACAGCCCCUAGCAAUGGCCUUAGUGUUCGAUCUGCAGCUGAAGCUGUGGCCACCUCGGUCCUCACUCAGAUGGCCAGCCAAAGGACAGAACUGAGCAUGCCCAUACAGUCACAUGUGAUCAUGACCCCACAGUCGCAGUCUGCGGGCAGAUGAUGCCUCCCAUGAUGGAGAGGUCCCCAGCCAGAGCUCGCCCGCCUGAGCCAAGAGAGAGAUCAACUUCCCCUUCUGUCUGCCUUGGAGUUGGCAGUAUGGAGAGGGAGGAAUGGUGUGUUGUGAGUAUGGACAGAUGUGGGGCUUUUCUCUGUAGCCACAUGAUCAUGUACAAUUAACACCUGUACUAGGGGCUUCUGCCCCAAAGCCACAUAGAUCAUCCCCCAAGGGUAGGGUUUCUUAUGUACCUACAGCCAAAGGCCUUUCCAUAUGGUCUAAGCAAUCAUCCCUGGCCCUGAUGCAUGUGUGCCUGUCUCUUAACACUAACCCUUGCACUUGUAGGUUUGGGGUUUCUCAGUGUCCUCUCCUCCCAUUGAGCUGUGGCUGUUACCUUCUUACUUCUUACUAGCAUGCCACUUCCUGCCAGAUAGAGGGAGACGAGAUUUGAUGGCAUGUUACUUGCUGUCCCAUCCCCAGCCACCCCAUGCACUCAGGACUUUGUCUCCCAAUAGCUGCUUAUUUGUCUCUUUCCCCUUUCCUAAACUGCAGUGAAAACAUUCACUUGUUGAGAAUGUAAUACAUUUAAUGUAUGAGGUAGCAGUGUUUUCCACCUCUUCCAUGUGCUUUAUUCCUAUCUGCUACCAAAAACAAACACAAACAAAAAAAGCAAAACUCUGAGAGUUUGAAUCUUUUGUUCAUUUCCAAAUCUAUUGGUACCUCAUUUUGACUCUUGACUUUCCUUAGUCUAGUGGUGGGAUCUUUCUUACUUCCCCACUAUGCCUUGGGAACCUCAUCUUGUGGCCUUAUUGUUAGUGGCAAUGAAAAGGGACAGAGCCGGGGAUGUAACUGGGCUUCCCUGUCUCCUUCCCUACCCUCCAGUUCUAAUCAUCAGGGCAGACAGGAACAGUGUAAUUUAAAACCUGUUCCAUCAGGUUACUGGAUUAACUGAUUCUUUUAAGUUUUACAAGAGUUUACUGGCCAAAGUCUACAUAUUGUCAUCUUUGGUCAUCUGUGCCCCUGCUCCACCUUGCUUCCCUGUCCACAUUACUGCCUGUUCCCACUAUGGCUACUUUAACUCAGCCCUCCUAGGAGUUCAGACAAAAGCUGCUUCCAUUCUCUGCUCCUCCUACAGCUCUCAGCCUCCUUUCUUUUCUAAGGUAUGGCUUGUACCCACCAGUGUCCUGCACUCUUUCAACUACCUUCUCUUUUUCUACCUACCCACUAUCUGUCUCUAUUCCUGAAAUUUCAGUGAACUUGUCCAUGGUACUGGCUUCAGGGCUGUGAAACAUCAUGGUUGAGGUUAUGGGUGCUUUUGAGUAUAAGACUGAGUGGAGAGAGGAGGUAUUCAUUUUCCUAUGCAUAAUCUCAGCAGAGCACUCAGGAUAUGGCCUGUCUGUGAGAUUGCUGUCUGUGGCUGUUGUAACCCUUAUUUUAUGGGUUACAGAGAGAAAAAUACACCCCUCCUCUUCAUCUUUCCUUGGCUAUGAGCUAUGCAGGCUCCUCCAGAGCCAGAGGCCUGUGGAUAGAUAGGUCAGCUCUAAUAGCUCUUGAGUCAAGAAUCCUCCCCAUUGUCCUAGAACCACCUUCUGCCAUCUGCUCGAGCCAAGAGUCCUCUUUUCUAGCUCCAUCUUAAAUAUGCAGAGUAACUGCUUGCUUCCUUUUAUGUCUUCCAAAAUUCACUGUCAUGGAGGAAUGAGGAAAUGUUGUAGCUUAUAUGAUUAUUUCCUCAGAGUUUAGACUAGUAAGCCCAUCCUGUGACAUGUUUGUAUGUUUUAUGUAAAUUUCCCUCCUGCUUUUUGGAGGCAGUGCUGAACAGGCCAUACUCAGUAAAAACUAGGAGCUGGUUUUAUAGUCUUCUACCACAGGGGCUUAGCAGGAACAGCCCCUGAGGUGACAAGGCUAGCACAGGUCACAGCAGAUGGUUGAGGGCAGAUCACUAUCUCCAGGGGUUUCACUUGGCCUUAGAAAUUAACAGCCACAGUCUGAGCUCAGGACUCUUUAGAUUGCUGCUUCUUAAAGAAUUGUCUUGACUUCCCAGUAGCAGCCUUACACUAAAGCAUAGCUGAGCUUAUAGCUCCCAAGGGCCACUAAGGCCUCCUAAGGUCACUAAGGUCCGACGGCUGUUUUUCUUCCAUCAUCAGUCAAGUGUUAACGUCUGUGUAACGUACCAAUCUCUCCUGGGUUGCCUGCCUAGUAUAUGUGGAGGUUCUUUUUCACCUUCUUGACCCUCAUGUCUGCUUCUCUUGCAUCUUUUUUUUUCAUAGUAGGGUGUUAGUAUUGGGGACCUGAAUGAUGCAGGGCACCACCAGCACCAUCACAGGGAAGCAGCACUGAAAUCAGGAACGGCAGGGCAGGGCAGGGCCGGGCAGUGCAACCCAACCCCAGGUGCUUCAGUAGUUGGUUCUCAGCUUUACUAUGAGAAUGCAGAGCAGCUGCUUAUGCUGAAGCUUCUCUUAGAGUCAAAGGGGUCAUCACCUCCAUCAUUGCUGCCAGUGGUCACAGCCCUGACCUUUGCCUUCCAGACUUAACCUGAACCAGAACCAGCUACCGGUAAUAGAGGGUGUCAAUAGACCUUUCUUGACACCUGAGUGUGAUAUGUCAUAGAGAGGUCUCUGGUCAUGUCUAGUUGGGGUUCAAUAUGCCUCUUGGUUUGGAAGUCAAUUCCUGUGCCUAAGUUUAGGAAAUUUUGUGGUAUAACUUCACUAAAUAAUUUGACUAAUUCCUUUUGAAUUUAUCUCAGGUCCUCCUUCUCCCUAGUGGCUUCUGAGGUUUGUUUGGUCUUUUAAGUCUAUCCCAAGCUUCUUGAAAAUACUGGUCAUGUUCCUUAAUAUCUCUGUGUCUCUCUCUCUGUCUCUUUGUGUGUGUGUGUUAUUGUCCCAACUUUGUGCUCCACUGUAGAACUACAUGGUCUUAUCUCUUGGGGACAUUUUCUGGUGAGGCUUUUCACUUGGCUGUUUUUUUUUUUAUGUUAAUUUCUGUCUCCUUCCUUUUCCAUGUUUGAAUACCCUCACUGAAAUCUCCCCCCAUAUAUCUGGCUUUCUCCUCCAACUUACCCACUGUUUUGUUCAUUUUGGAGGCUUUGUAUACAGUUCCUAGUUCACUCAUGUGUAUUCAUCGACUCUGAAUUCUUUCUUAGACACCUCAGUUCUUUUGGUUUUUAUUAAGGAGAGGUUUGUAGUGUGUCCUAGUUAGCUUUUGUCUCAUGUUCGUUGUGUUUCACUGUGGUGUUUUGUGCAUCAGUCAGGGUGGAUAUGUCCUCCAGUUUUAACUCAUCUUUUCCCAACUCUGUUUUGUUUUGUGUAACUGAACCCUUCUUCAGAGCUCUGUCAGAAAGGAGCUGAGAGUAUGAUGUCUUAGACCCAUGAGUGGUCAGAGGCCUGGUCUGUGCCCUUGCCACCCAUUCCAUAAAACACAUAGUGUUCAGAGUCUCAAAGGCUAAGAAGCCUCCCAGAACCCAGGGAGAGCUGGAAAGGACAUGGUUCCUUCACCUCUUUCCUGUUGGCUGACUAUGCCAAAUAUGCCUUCCUCCUCCUCCUUCCACUUCUAUCCAUGGCUGUACACACCAGACCACAUACUAAAGGGAGCUGUGCUGGUGAACCUUACCUUGCUGCCUGCCUUCCCACUCCCAUUCUGUAGCUCUUGACGCCUUUCUUGAUUCACCUCUCCCAUCUCCUCAGGGACCUGCCCUCCAGCACCAUCAUCCUGAGAGAUAUAACUGUAUUUUGUACAGCCUGAACCACCAAAAAGACACACACACACACACACACACACACACACACACACACACAAUUCUUCCUCUGGCUUCUAAGAGGCUCCUUAAAGGUGCUAACUCCCUCUCCCCUUUCAUAACUUUCUUCCCAUCCUCAGAACACAUUUCCAUUAAUAUUAUCUAUUGUACCCACCAAAAAGAAAUAUGUACUUCUUUUGAAAUGAGAAUCAUAGUCUGUUUAGACACAUCUAGCAGCUGUGUCACACAAGCCUUUGUUGACAUGCUUUUUCCUUUCUUUAGACAUGUAUGACCAGGGUGGGAGGUGUGCUGGGACAGGACAGGUGAGGAUCCUAAGGCCUAUCAGAAGACCCUACCCCACUCCAGUCCAGCUAGACAUUCUUCUUACAAGUUCUGUUUCUGUCUGUAUACAUGCAUACGCAUAGACAAAUCCCCCUACUCCACCAGCCUGGUGAUCCCACAAGAAUGAGCAGUGCCUGCUGGCCACAUUCCCACCCUCUGCACUUUUACUUUGAGGUAAAAAUCCUACCCUAGAAUGAACAAAGGCUGGUAAGAGUAGAGCAGAUUAAGGCAGCUUAUGUCCUUGUAGAUGCAAGUUUCUAUUUCAGCUACUAGGUGUUUUGUUUUUUUGUUUAGUUUUUUAAUGUAGAGCUGGUAGGCUAUAAGCCAGCAAUUGUGAGUAAGGCUUUGGCUGUUAAGUGGCUGUGAGCACUAGUUUCAUUGACUUUACCUUAGGGCAGUGGUUCUCAGAACAUGGUCCAAGAGCAACAUCAGCAGCACCAUCACCUGGGGAGCUUGCUAGGAAUGUACUCUCUUGGCCAUCACAGCCUCCUGAGUCGGCCACUCUGAAGGUGAGCUUUAACUAGCAGUCUCUGCUGCUAGGUCAGGUCACACUAAUACAUGAGAGUCCCUAGAGGACAGACUGGGAGAGAGCGUCCUAGCUCUGGGGUGACACGGAUCACUUUAAAUGUCUUCUCUGCCUUAUAAUUGAUGUUUUUUUAUUUCUCCCAGUCCUUCCCUUCACUUCCAUUAAAACAGCCACCACCACAUCACUCAUCUCAAAUUCUAAGUUGGUCUUCCUUCUAGUCUUAGCUCUAAAACUCUUGCCUGCUUAGGUCUGGGCAGGACUUACUCAUAUUUUCUUGCAGGCUACUAGUUCUGCAUUCUUGAUGACAUUAACCAGCAGGAAGGCCAGGAAUGGUGGUGGCACAUGCCUUUGAUCCCAACACUUGUGCAGGAAGCAGAGGCAGGCAGAUCUCUUUGUGUUCAAGAACAGCCUGGUCUACAUAGGGAGUUCAAAGCCAAUCAUAGCUAUGCAGUGAGACCCUGUCUCAAAACAAACAAACAACAAAAGCAGCACGAGCCUCAGUUGUCCAUUUCUUCCCUGUGCACACACACAUCUCUUACAGGAAGAUUAGCCUCCACCCCACAGUGGAGCCUCCUACAUCCUGAUAGAGUAUAUGUUGAGAAGAAAGCCAUGUGUAUCUAUGAAUAUUAUCUCUGUUCUCCUAUAUCCUUUUGACAUGUAGCAAUACCUCUCCAUCCUCAAGGAAUUCAACCCAGUGUGGGUCUCUCAGGCUCCAGUGGUAGACUCUGACAGGUGGGAGGAUACAGUGCUCUGGGCUGUUUUGUUACAAAAGUGUCUUCUGUCCUUUCCCUCCACCCAGUUCAGCAUGACCCCUGUGAGCAGGCUCUCACGAUCUCCUGGGGCGGGGCUGAGGCAGGGGCUUUCAGCUCUUCUCCAUAACCAUCCCUUCUUCCUUCCCCCGUGCCAUUUAGCAGUUAUCACCCAGCCUUGCCUUCUCCCUUUAUCCUUUGCCCUGUCAUAUACUGUGCCUUAUUUAUGCUGCAAAUAUAACAUUAAACUAUCAAGAGAA